AAGUUGUACAAAACGCGUGUAUUGCACAAAAGGAAAAUAAAAUAAAUUCAAAAAGUAGUUUAAUUAAAAAUACAAACAUAUAAAACUAUUGCAAAAUAUUUCGAAAUCAAGGCAGCGAAGCAGGUCGGAGCAAGGCGAAGGCGUAGGCCAUAAACAUAGCUUUGGGCCCGAAGAUGGCCGCCGAAAACUAUCAUCUUAAAUGGGACUCACAUUUGUCCUAUUUAAAUACUUCCAUUGCAACGCUUUACAAGAAUGAAAAGUUCGCCGAUGUCGUACUGUACAGCUCGUAUAGCAAUAGCAGCGUCAACUCGGACAUUCCAACGGUUGGCAUAUCGGCCCACAAGUUUAUCCUCAGCUCUUGCAGCCAGUUCUUCGCCACCAUGUUUGAGACAGCGCCGAUUACCUCGCCUAAUGGCGUGCUCUAUAUAGUGCUUCCGCCGGAUCUCAGCCACCGAGCAAUACAAAUACUAGUGCAAUACAUGUACAGUGGCGAAGCCACAGUGUCCAACGACAUUCUGAACGAAGUUCUUCGCGGUGGAGAGAUCCUUAAAAUUCGUGGACUUUGUCGCACCAGUGCUUCCAGUAGCAGCGGCAGCAGCAAUGCACAAACAGCGACAUCUUCGGCACAUCAUCAUCAUGGGCACGGAGGACAUUUGCAUCAGCGCGAUGCCAAUGCAUUAUACGUGUCAAAUGGUACGCGUUCGGGGCUACCGCCUCCUCCGCCGCCACCCUCGUCAAUGUCCACACAGCUUCCCAGUGAUAUGUAUGUCAACAAAUCAAGCAGCAGCAAUUGCAGUUCAACACGCUACGGCCUGGAUCAUCAUCAUACCACACAUCAACACCACCAUCAGCAGCAGCAAUUCCGUGGUCUGGGCGCCUCCGUAAUGCCCAAGGACAGUCCUGUAAUAGUGAAGUCGCCUAAAAUAGCGGCCCAUGCGGGUCUGUUGAGUGUCGCAAGCAGCAGUAAACUUCUCCCAGGGGGCGGUGGUGGUAGUGGUGGCAUUUCCGUCAACAAGGAGGUGGCCAUAGAUCCCGAGGAUAAGUGCUGCUAUGGGCCAAGCCAAGUCGAAGGUCUAUCCACGGCACCACCAGUGAGCACUGUAACAUCCACACCAAUGUCCAUUUGCACGGAAGUCGGCUGCAAUAGCUGCCCAUUGGCAGCGCCGUCCACUGAUGCCGAGGUGUCUCUGCGCCGUCGUGAAUAUGGCGAACGAAUUCCCGAUGACCAUUCCCUGUGCGAUCGUGACGAUGUUGGUUUGGUUUACGAGCGACGAUUGCGUCGUGAAAGUGCAUGCGAGCGUGCUCACGAAUACUUCGGUCAUGAUGCGCCGCAUUAUGAACAUGUUGCAAAGUCCUAUAUUGGAGAUCCAACCCCGUCCCGCUUGUCCACGCCACCGCAUCCUCAUAAUUUUCUUACCAUCAAACAGGAACCAACCGAUUGGUCAAACAACCCACCAGCAGCAACGGCCAACAGCAACAACAUUGGUGGAGUCAAUGAAGUCGAUAAUGAGGUGCCGCUUUCACCCAAACAGCCUCUUGACUUUAAAAUGAGCGCUGUCAAGCUGGAAGCAAAUCGUGCCUCGCCACAGGAUGAGCCCGAGGAACACACACUGCGCGAUUACAACAACUUUAAGUUGCUUGUUUGUGAGAUAUGUCAAAAGUCCUUUGAAGACACAAAAACGCUCGUACGCCAUUUGGGCACACACGCCACUGAACCCUCAGAUCGGGAACGCAACGGCAGCAACAUGACAAGCAGUAGCACUGGCAACAAUAACAGCAGUAGCAGUACCAGCAAUCUGGCCUUGAGAGCAUUAAAGACCUAUGUGCCAAAAAAACGACGCAGGGUAUCGCAACAGGAGAACAAUAUGGAUCAUGUGACCCUGCUUUGCGAUUUGUGCUCUACCUCGUUUGAAACGCCUGCUGAAUGGGUGCGCCAUAUGAACAGUCAGCACACGGAAAUCGAAUUGGCCAUGUUUAAUAGCAAAAAGGAUGGUGAACAGAAAAGCAAUGCCUCAAGCACUUCCACUGCGUCCAGUAGCCAUUUGCAACAACAAGCUGCCGCAGCAGCAGCCGUUGCGGCGCAUAAAAAAUACGUGAGUGGCAAUCGUCAGACCUUGUUGCUGCACAAACGCAGCAGUACCAGCGGCGGUGGUGGAGGUAUGGGCACCAGCAGCAAUGUUAGUGGAGCGCCAGCCAGCGCCGGUCUAAAUGUAUCGCCUGGCCUGGCGACAACGUCAUCGCAUGCAUAAUUCAAAUGCGUCAACGACAUAUUUACAGUGGGCACAAGCUAAAGAAAACAGCGCCAACAAGCACAGCAGAAACAGAAGCAAAGACAACAAAAACAAACACACACAAACAACUAUAGGAAGAACUCCACCAGAAUUAACAGUCGCGAUGCGACACAACUUGGGCAACGAGUGAGAAACACAGCAGAAAGAUAAAGAUUGAAUGAAAAUCUAUUUCAAAAAUCAAGUCGUUCCAGUAAUCAAAAUAUAGUAAUUGUAUAUGAGAGACAGCAAGAACCGUGAUCAAAAAUGCAGCAACAUAGUGUAUUUUAUAGAAAAAGAAAACAAACAAAACUAAAAACGAAGAUUAAUAACGAAUGGUAGGAUCGUCAGGCAACGAUGCAAAACAAAUCAAGAAACAAAGCGCUCGGUAGAAUUUUUAACAUACAUACUACACAUAGUUUUAAACUUAAUUCCUACUCGCGAAUUAGUCAGUCAAGGUCAAGUGACAAACUAACAUACAUAAGUAAUAUCAACGCGCAAUUUAAACAAUUCAAGUUGUACACUUUUAAAUGUAAAAACAAGGCGACAUUGAUAAAAAAAAAUCGCAUAAAAGCAAUGCAAACACAUUUGAUUGCGUUCCAAUUUAAUAUAAUUUGAUUUCAAAACAAUAUUAAAAUGGUUUUUUUGCAGCUUUUUAUGCUUAGUUAAUAUGUGUGUGUACGCUGAUAUAUUAAUUCAUUUAAUUAAUUUCACUUACAUUUUAAAUCUUGUCACCGAUAAUGUAAAUUGAGAUAC